AUGAACUCGUUUCUGGAAUAUACUAUUUGUAACCGACCGGGAGCAGGCACAUAUUCCACACCAAAAUCCGGAUACCACUCUCAUCCACACCACCACCACCACCACCAUCAGGGGUUCCCGGUCACCAGCGGUGCGUUCCAUUUGGGGCCUAAUGGCUCCUCAACGACGAUUAACGGGCCAUCUGACGAGGACACCGGCGGCGCAAACUUCACCAGCGACGUGCGACUGUACGCGGGCCCGGGCGCAGUCGGUGGAGGAGCGCCUGAGAGUUCCGGAGUCACCGCGGGUCACCAUUCCCAUUCCCAUAACAGCUAUCAUCAUCCGCAUUUGCACCAAGCGCAGACGAUGCCAAACGCAAUGGGACUGUCACAGUACAACACCACGGGAAACGUUGGGAAUAACGGCGCAUAUGUGGCGGUGCAGAAUUGCGCCAACAACGCGGACUACACGGGGGCCUCGGGACACGUGAACACAACGCACUCCAGCGGGGUCCAUUCUCAGUAUUUCAUCGAUGAUUCAUCGAUGUCGGCCACCUACUAUCAUCAAUCAACGUUCGCCAGCACGACACCCAGCCAGGCUCCCAGCUACGGGGCACUUGCCGGGGCAUACUGCGGUGGGCCCCAGGGAAACCUGCCCGCGGCCCAGUACCCACAGCACCUCGGCGGGAGCGUGGAGGGCCCCGGAUACGUGGGUCUUCCUCACGGGGGUGGCUACGCUGACCUGACCGUCUCCCUGCAGGAGAGAGAGAGGGUGGACGAGGAGAACCAGGCCGCGCAGGGGAAGACCUUCGACUGGAUGAAGGUGAAGCGGAACCCGCCUAAAACAGUCAAAGCGUCAGACUAUGGCCUCGCGGCUGCCCACAACGUCAUCCGAACCAACUUCUCCACCAAGCAGCUGACGGAGCUGGAGAAGGAGUUCCACUUCAGCAAGUACCUCACGCGGGCUCGGCGCGUGGAGAUCGCCGCCACGCUGGACCUCAACGAGACGCAGGUGAAGAUCUGGUUCCAGAACCGGCGCAUGAAGCAGAAGAAGCGGGAACGAGAGGGCGGCCUCGGGCCCGCCUCCUUGUUAAGUGGCCCCGGUUCCAAUAAGGAGCAAGAGGACACCCAUUCGGAUAACUCCGCGUCUACGUCCCCUGGUGCGUCGCCAUGCUCGGAGACGUCGUAACGGACGCACGGCCCCUGUAUGCCCCAUGUGCCCAAAACCGACC